AUGGAUCAUCAGAAUAAUUUAGUAAGCUUCAAUAAUGAAUAUACUUGUUAUGAAGCGUGGGAAACAUUUAUUAGGGUUAGCAACGAGGACGAAGAGCGAAACGCGGAAUUACGAAAAGGUCCUUGGACUCCUCAAGAGGACUCCAAGCUCACUUCUUCCAUUGUUAUUCACGGUGAAGGUCGCUGGAAUGCUCUUGCUCGUCUUGCAGGGUUGAGACGAUCAGGCAAAAGUUGUAGGUUAAGAUGGCUAAACUACUUACGUCCAGACCUACGACGUGGUCCUUUUACGCUUCAAGAACAACUGCUCGUCUUUCAGCUUUAUUUUCGUUGGGGCAAUAGGUGGUCAAAGAUAGCUGAAAAUCUACCAGGAAGAACAGAUAACGAAAUUAAGAAUUAUUGGAGGACCAAAGUACAAAAGCUAGCUAAGCAGUUUCAAUGCGAUGUAAAUAGCACUGAAUUUAAAGAUGCUUUACGCCAUUUUUGGAUUCCAAGGUUAGCUGAACAAAUUCAGGCUGCUUCAACUUCAACUUCAACUUCAACUUCAACUUCAACUGCAACAUCAUACACUACAAACGCCCAAAUCCAAGGCCCACCUUAUGAUUACGGACUUGGGCCUAACGGAAGUGCCCAAACCCAAGGCCCAUCUUAUGAUUACGGACUUGGGCCUAACGGAAGUGCCCAAACCCAAGGCCCAUCUUAUGAGUCUAAUGGUAAUAGCGCCAGUACUAGUCCAGUAGAUUGUUGCUUGUUGGAUUCAAUAUUAUCAUGGGAUAAAACUUUUCUGGACCAGUGUGUAGUUGGGCCUGAAAAUCUGUGUUCAAAGCCCAGUUCAGUGACAGAUUUAUUUGAGGCCCAUAUUUCUCCUGAGUCUGGUUCAUCUGCUGAUUUUGAUCUAGACUGGGAGCAGCUCAAUGGCCUUCUGUGGGAGAUAGACACCAACUGA